GGGAAGAGGGAGGAGGAGGAGGUUGCGGCGGGUUUGAAAGCGGCAGUUUCCUGGCAGCUCGGGCAGGCGUUGGUCUCAGCGCUCCAGCUCCGCAGCGGCCACGAUCGAUCCUGCGACGGGUCUACGCGCGCUUCUGCGCGCCCCCGACGGAUUUUUCCCGUUCCGGCUCUUCCCCCUUUACCUCCCCGCCCCCUGCUUCUGCCUUUCCCGCCGCUCCGGCGCGGAGCCCGGGGGCCAGCGGUCGGCUGUGACCCCGCCCGAAACCCCUCUGGAGCCGCCCGGGGACAAUCCCCUUCUCUUUUCUUCAGCCUAACCCGGCUGGCCCUCGCGGAGCCCGGCCAGCCCCGGGGAACGCCGCCGGGCGGGGCGUCCGAAGGGCGUCUCGGGGCUUGGAACGGCCCGGCCCCCAGCGGGCUGUGGUCGGGGGGGUACCGGAGCGGCGAAGCCCCCUCUCCGGGCUGCGCGGGCCGCCCGGGGCCCCCAGGGUGAAAGGGGGCCGGAGCGGCGCCCCCGGCGCCCGCGCGGGGUCUCCCCCAUGGUGCAGCGGGGUUCGGGAUGUCGAAGACGCUGAAGAAGAAGAAGCACUGGCUCAGCAAGGUGCAGGAGUGCGCGGUGUCCUGGGCCGGGCCCCCGGGCGACUUGGGCGCCGAGAUCCGGGGCGGCGCGGAGCGCGGCGAGUUCCCCUACCUGGGGCGGCUCCGCGAGGAGCCAGGCGGGGGCACCUGCUGCGUCGUCUCGGGCAAGACGCCCAGCCCGGGUGAUGUGCUGCUGGAGGUGAACGGGACGCCUGUCAGCGGGCUCACCAACCGGGACACCCUGGCUGUCAUCCGCCACUUCCGCGAACCCAUCCGUCUCAAGACUGUGAAGCCAGGCAAAGUCAUUAAUAAAGAUUUGCGACAUUACCUGAGUCUUCAGUUUCAGAAAGGAUCAGUUGACCACAAACUGCAGCAAGUGAUUAGAGAUAAUCUCUAUUUGAGAACUAUUCCAUGCACUACAAGGGCCCCCAGGGAUGGGGAAGUACCAGGGGUGGACUAUAAUUUCAUUUCUGUUGAACAGUUCAAAGCACUGGAAGAGAGUGGAGCAUUAUUAGAAAGUGGAACGUAUGAUGGAAACUUCUAUGGAACUCCCAAGCCUCCAGCAGAACCCAGCCCUUUCCAGCCAGAUCCAGUUGAUCAGGUCCUCUUUGAUAAUGAGUUUGACACAGAAUCCCAAAGAAAACGAACUACAUCUGUCAGCAAGAUGGAAAGAAUGGACAGUUCUCUUCCUGAAGAGGAAGAAGAUGAAGACAAGGAAGCUGUUAACGGUAGUGGAAAUGCAGGUUCGUCAGUAGCAGAAAACAGAGAGAGGCAUUCUGAGUCGUCUGAUUGGAUAAAGACUGUCCCAAGUUACAACCAAACAAAUAGUUCCAUGGACUUUAGAAAUUAUAUGAUGAGAGACGAGAAUCUGGAACCGCUGCCCAAAAACUGGGAAAUGGCCUACACCGAUACGGGGAUGAUCUACUUCAUUGACCACAAUACCAAGACAACCACCUGGUUGGAUCCUCGUCUUUGUAAGAAAGCCAAAGCCCCUGAAGACUGUGAAGAUGGAGAACUUCCUUAUGGCUGGGAGAAAAUUGAAGACCCUCAGUAUGGGACCUACUAUGUUGAUCACCUUAACCAGAAAACCCAGUUUGAAAAUCCAGUGGAGGAAGCCAAAAGGAAAAAGCAGUUAGGACAGGCUGAUACUGGGUCUUCAAAACCAGAUAUGGAAAAAUCACACUUUACUCGAGAUCCAUCCCAGCUUAAAGGCAUCCUUGUUCGAGCAUCAUUGAAAAAAAGCACAAUGGGAUUUGGUUUUACCAUUAUUGGUGGAGAUAGGCCUGAUGAGUUCCUACAAGUGAAAAACGUGCUGAAAGAUGGUCCUGCAGCUCAGGAUGGGAAAAUUGCACCAGGUGAUGUUAUUGUAGACAUCAAUGGCAACUGUGUCCUUGGUCACACCCAUGCAGAUGUUGUCCAGAUGUUUCAACUGGUACCCGUCAAUCAGUAUGUAAACCUCACUUUAUGUCGUGGUUAUCCACUUCCUGAUGACAAUGAAGAUCCUGUUGUGGACAUUGUUGCUGCUACUCCUGUCAUCAAUGGACAGUCAUUAACUAAGGGAGAGACUUGCAUGAAUACUCAGGAUUUUAAGUCAGGAACGAUGGUUCUGGACCAGAAUGGAAAAUCGGGGCACACCUUGAUCAGUGAUCGUCUCAAUGGACCAUCAGAUCUGAGUGAGCAGAGAGCGUCUAUGGCAUCGUCAGGCAGCUCCCAGCCAGAACUAGUGACUAUCCCUCUGAUCAAGGGCCCUAAAGGCUUUGGGUUUGCAAUUGCUGACAGCCCAACUGGACAGAAGGUGAAAAUGAUAUUGGAUAGUCAGUGGUGUCAAGGCCUACAGAAAGGGGAUAUAAUUAAGGAAAUUUACCGUCAAAAUGUGCAGAAUUUAACACAUCUCCAAGUGGUAGAGGUGCUAAAGCAGUUUCCAGUAGGUGCAGAUGUACCAUUGCUUAUCUUAAGAGGAGGUCCUCCUUCACCAACUAAAACUGCCAAAAUGAAAACAGAUAAAAAGGAAAAUGCAGGAAGUUUGGAGGCCAUAAAUGAGCCCAUUCCCCAGCCUAUGCCUUUCCCACCCAGCAUUAUCAGGUCAGGAUCCCCGAAAUUGGAUCCUUCUGAGGUCUACAUGAAAUCUAAGACUUUGUAUGAAGAUAAACCGCCAAACACCAAAGAUUUGGAUGUUUUCCUUCGGAAACAAGAAUCAGGGUUUGGCUUUAGAGUGCUGGGAGGAGAUGGACCUGACCAAUCUAUAUACAUUGGGGCCAUCAUUCCUCUGGGCGCAGCUGAGAAAGAUGGUCGUCUCCGUGCAGCUGAUGAGCUGAUGUGCAUUGAUGGAAUUCCUGUUAAAGGGAAAUCACACAAACAAGUGCUAGACCUAAUGACAACUGCUGCUCGAAAUGGCCAUGUGUUAUUAACUGUCAGAAGAAAGAUCUUCUACGGUGAGAAACAACCUGAGGAUGACAGCUCUCAAGCCUUCCUUUCAACACAGAAUGGCUCUCCCCGCCUGAACCGAGCAGAGGUCCCAGCCAGGCCUGCUCCCCAGGAGGCCUAUGAUGUUGUCUUGCAACGAAAAGAAAAUGAAGGAUUUGGCUUUGUCAUUCUCACUUCCAAAAGCAAGCCACCUCCAGGAGUUAUUCCUCAUAAAAUUGGCCGAGUCAUAGAAGGAAGUCCAGCUGAUCGCUGUGGGAAGCUGAAAGUUGGAGAUCAUAUCUCUGCAGUGAAUGGGCAGUCCAUUGUUGAAUUGUCCCAUGAUAACAUUGUUCAGCUGAUCAAAGAUGCCGGUGUCACCGUCACACUAACAGUCAUUGCUGAAGAAGAGCAUCUUGGUCCACCAUCAGGAACGAACUCCGCCAGGCAAAGCCCAGCCCUGCAGCACAGGCCCGUGGGACAGUCACAGGCCAACCACAUACCUGGGGACAGAAGUGUCACAGAAGGUGAAAUUGGAAAAGACGUCUCCACUUCUUACAGACACUCGUGGUCUGACCACAAGCACCUUGCACAGCCGGACACUGCAAUGAUUUCAGUCAUAGGCAGUCGGCACAAUCAGAGCCUUGGUUGUUACCCAGUGGAGCUGGAGCGAGGCCCCCGGGGCUUUGGAUUCAGCCUCAGGGGUGGGAAGGAAUACAACAUGGGGCUGUUCAUCCUCCGUCUCGCUGAGGAUGGUCCUGCCAUCAAAGACGGCAGAAUUCACGUUGGGGACCAGAUUGUUGAGAUCAAUGGAGAACCUACACAAGGCAUCACACAUACUCGAGCAAUUGAGCUCAUUCAGGCUGGUGGAAAUAAAGUUCUUCUUCUUUUGAGGCCAGGAACUGGCUUGAUACCUGACCAUGGUGAUUGGAAUAUUAAUAACCCUUCAUCUUCCAAUGUGAUUUAUGAUGAACAGUCACCAUUUCACACAUCUUCACAUUCUGCUUCCAUAUUUGAAGAGUCUCGUGUGCCAGUAAUUGAAGAAUCUUUGAUGAGAGUUCAGAUAUGUGAAAAGGCAGAAGAAUUAAAGGACAUGGUGCCUGAAAAGAAAAGCACUUUAAAUGAAAAUCAGUCUGAUAUAAAACAUCAGUCUCUUCUCCAUAAAAAUGUGAAUAAAAGGGAUCCACCCAACAGUCAUGGGCACAGUGAUAAGAAAAAUCUCUUGAAAGUAGAAAAUGAUGUCACACCAAGAGGCAGAUCUGCUAGUCCCAAAAAGUCAGCCAGUCGAUAUUCAGAGGAACAUUUAGAAAAGAUUCCCAGUCCUCUAAAAAAUGACCCCAAAAGAAGACCCAGAGAUCGAUCACUCAGCCCCAGGAAAGGAGAGAAUAAAAGUAGUCAGAUCAGCACCAGGGCAGCUUCUGGACAAGAUCAUUGCAGAAAAAGCAGAGGACAGUCUUCAAGCCCAAAGAAGCAGCAAAAAACUGAAAGAAGCAAAGACCAAUCAAGUGCGAACCAAAGAGUAGGGGGCCGUGCGAGCAGCAACGCUGAGCAGAUGUCAGAUGGGAAAGAAAGGUCAGGUGUCGUCAGGAAAGAUACAAAUCACAGUCAGCCUGGAAAACACAGAGCCAGGUCUCCAGAGGAAAAAAGCAAGAGAAUGGAUGAAAAGUCUCUUCCGUCCAAAAAGACAAAUAACACUACUAGUAGAGCUAUAUCGGAAAAUGAAAAAGGAAAGAAAGCAACCUUAGUAGAAACAAGUUCUAGUAAAGAUAAAACAGGAGAAAAUGUCAAAAUAUCAGAAAAGAAGCCAAAGCAGGAGCCUGAAGAAAGAAUGGUUUUAAACAAAAUAGAAGAUCACAAAAGAAAAGAACUAGAGGCAGCUGACAAAAACAAAGAGAGCGGAGGGUUCAAACCUGAAAGCGGUUCUCCAGCUAAGAAAACACCAAUAACUCCAGGGCCUUGGAAGGUGCCAAGUGCAAGUAGAGCCACAGGCACUACUGGUGUGGCCGAGAAGCGACUGUGACCUUUAGUAUAAAACAAAGAAAAACAAGUUGUAAUCUUUUCCUACUAAAAGGCAGUGUUCCCCUCCCCCCCCAAAAUCAUUUUUUCAGGAAUUCUGAAACACACAUAAGUACAUUUUAAUUUGAGCAUCAAGUUACCUAGGCUGCAUGAAGGGCCUGCAGGAUUGCUAAGAACCCACUGUCCCCCUGGCUGGCUGCACGCCUUGCGCUCAGGAAGGAGCCGCACCCACGCCCUCAUCGGACACGCCCGGCUCAGGCCGCCCAGCUCGUCUUCAUGAGUGUCUGAACAAAUGACAUGUUGAUAUUCACAACGUGGUCACAACUCACUUUAUCUUUGUGCCAAGUUUUCUACUGUAUCAUGUCUAUUUUAUCCUUCUCACUCAGAUAUUUCCACAGUAAUGAAAAAACUAGGUUUGGCUUGGAAGUUGAUAUUCUCAAUAGCAUGUUGCAUGUUUACAGAGAGAAAUAUUUGAGCCCUUGCAGAAGAAGAGAUCGUUAACUCAUCAUUAUAGAUGGCAGUUGCCUCUCCUAACAGCUUACUGAUGGUCCCCGUUUAAAAAUAAAACUCCCAAACAUCACUACUGGAAAGAAAAAAAAAAAUGCAGUCAAAUAUUGACUUUCUUAUGGCUGUUUAUUUUAAUUUGGCUGGAUAAGGUAUUUCAAAUAACUGUUAAAAAGAUGUUAUUUACAAAUGAAUGUUCAAAUGAGAAAGCACUUCAGUCGAUUAAGAGCUCACCUCCUGCUGUGUUAUCCAACCCUAAUGUGUUAUAGCAUCUCAGAUCACCCUUUUAUUUCAUUUAUUUUAUUAUGAAACCACAAAGAAGCAUGUGGAAAUAUUGCUUAUUGCUAUUUGAAGAAAAACUACCAAAUUUCUAUUUCUGGAUAUUUUGGUUGAACCAACUACUAAGUCAUUAGUCAUUAAUACAUAAUACAUAUUUGAAGAGGGACUUAAUCAUGAAAGCAGUUUCACGGUCCAUUGCCAGAUGAGGUACCAACUCAUCUGGCAGCAGCUAUACAAGUUCGAAUGUUGAGAAGCAGAACCUGUGUGAGACCGGCUCACAAGCAAGUGAGAACAAACGUGGUAGACAGUCCUUGCUAGAUCUUAUUUAAUUUUAAUAUCUAGCUACAUUAACUUAUUUACAAACAAGAAAGGGAGAGUAAACAUCUGCUUAGCUUGUACAGAUUUUCAGAAUUCUUUUUUAAAGUCUAAUUAAAGAUGUUUGUUGGAAGGUGGAGAUAGUUUUUAGCUCCAUAAAAUAGAUCCGGGUUUCUCAGCCCCCGGAAGCAGCAUUCAGUAGCAUCUAUAAAUAAAGGAACAUUCUCAGAAUAAAACCAUUUUCUGGAGUAUUUGAACACACUUGUUCUGUCACCCUGGGUUCAUCUUGUUAUUGUGAAACACAUCAUGUCCAGGUCCUUCCCUCUCAGAGUCUGACUGUGAAAUUCUUUAAUAUAACAACUAAAUCAGCCCCUGUAGAUAAGACAUGCUUCCCAGAGUGAGAUUUCUGAAAUCCCCUUUUCAUCCAGAACUAUAUUUACCCACCUAUUGUAACUACUUGACUAGAGAAGAAUUAGAAGGCUUGAUAAAUGCUAAGAAUUUAGUAUCACAGAAAUGAUUUAUUUUCCCUAUAGUCCACAAUUAGUGAUAAAAAUCCAAUUUUUAUUGUUAACUGCGACAUAACUUUGAUGUCAUCUGUUGUCAGUCUGGUGUGGCUCUUUCCUUUCUAAGUAACCUGUCACUGUACUGAUUCUGUACUGACUUAGCAAUGUGGCCUUGGAAUGCUAAGCAAAAUAUGGAUGUACUGGUUGUAAAUGUUUAUAUAUUGUACAGUACCUUUAUAUAUACACUUGAGGUUCUGAUUAGAGAAAGAGACCUGUAAAUCGCUCGUUAUUUUUUAUAUAGAUAUUAAAAAAAAAAAGAAAAAAAUCAGUUCAUGGCCUGCAUUUCUUUUACUGUCAGGUUUAUGUAGUGUUGCUUUUUCUAUUUGUGGAGCUA